CAAUUGAAUUUCGCAGCUUGUACGGAGUAAAAGAAUUUUUUCCAAAUUGACAAAAGUUUUUGUGAAGCGAAAAAGCCGACAAUAUCGACGAAGAAACUGAUAGAUAGAAAUAAAAAAUUAAAAGAAUAAUUCCAAAACAAUGGAGACGGGAAAUUUCACAAGUCCUCUGCAAGCUGUGCAAAUGGUAUCAAUGUUUACUUACUUAAACACUCUCAGCGAUGUUUUAUUUGUCGAGAAUCUAUUGAAUGAAACAAAUCAAUAUCAACCAAUACCAGUAGUGAAUGCUCUGUACAAAUACUUCUUCAACUUGAAAAAAAAUAAAAUCGAAGAGAUUGAAUUUCGAAAACGACGUCUGGCUCGUAAAUUAAUAGAAGCCACCGAUUUGUACGGGGCGAAAGAAAACGAGAUUUUGGACGAGGCAUUCCUUGACGCUCUCUACAGGCACUUGAUAACUACUCUUGUUUUCGAAAAGUACGGAAAUAUUCAAGGAUUCCUUCUCGACGUUGUCCGUCACUCGAGGGAUCUUAGAAUAAGUACGUUACAGGAAAAAAUUAUUACGAGACUUUCCGAGGAAGAAUUUCAGAGUGAAAAUGGUUUCAAAUCACAAUUAGACUUUCUGUCGAUUUUUAAGAUUUAUCAAGACUUUAUUCAACCUUUAUUUCCGGUUGCUGGUAAAGACACUGAUCUACUGUCCGUUGAUUAUAUUUACGCACAAGCUGGAGCUGCUUUUCGAUUGUCGACCAAAACAGAGUCCUUGAUAGUACCGAGAAAGUACGAGCAUGGCAAAAAUGAUGACUUUAAUAGUUACGUCGUCGUGGGUCAUGCAAUUGAACAUCUGGGAAUUGCGAAGGAAAUUGACGAAGCAGCUCUGCAAGUAUUUUCCCUACCGGCCCUUUUUUACUACGUUACGAAAGAAGCGGAAAAAUUGCAAGGAGAAACUACGGCGGCAAUUGUCAACAAUCCGAAACAUGUGAGCAAAGCCCUUCGAAUUCUCUUCUUCCACCUGAAGGAAACAUUCGAUCGAGUCGAAAAGGCCAGGAAUGAUGACUAUCGAUUCCAGUUUCAUUCGGCACGGUCGAAAUUCAAAAACCGGACGGCACUGGCAAGGGAGAUGAUCAGAACUGGAUGUCCAAUAGUGAAGGAGGAGAAUUUGGAGCAAGAGGUCCUGAGGUACAAGAAUAAUCCCGAGGAUUACGAGUGUAGGACCGAAGGCAAGACGCAAGGGACGAUCGGGACGAAACUGGAGGAUUUGAAUCGGAUUUAUCAGCAGAAGGUUAACGAGGUUGCGGAGAAGUAUCUGAAAUACGAGACGGGAUCGAUAAGAGACGCUUUUGGAGAGGAUCGUAUUAGGUUCAUAGACGCGAACGAGGUGGAAGUCUCGAGAGGUUUAGUUGUCAAUGUCUACGACGGAACGAAUGUAAUCCAAACUCAGUUGAUUAAGGAAUCUGCGGAUUUGUUCAGAUUCUACUUUGUCAAGAAUGAUACGUCGAUUUACUAUGCCAUUGUUAGGGAGGAUGAUAAUCUGAUGGUGAUCCAGCAGGAUGAUGGUGUAUCCGAUGGUUGCAAUGAUUCGAUGUCCAACAACACUUCCGGAUCUGCUAGAACUGAUGCCUUUCAACCCAGCAUAGUUCACUGCAACCCAAACGAUUUCCGUGAAAAAUUAAAUUUGCCACGCUUACAGAAGUUUCGUGACAUCAAUUUCCCAGACGUGAAGAAACACAAGCUGGAGAAAUUCGACACAUUUCUGACCCGAAUCAGCAGGGAAAGAUCGACCCUCUUCAACAAGAGUCUCGCAGACUAUGGCUACGAACAAACAAAGAAGGAAUGGUGGAAACAAUUCGGACUAUCCUUCGUUCCAUUUUACAACUGUAUUCAUGGAAUUCACUCUCGGAAUAUUGAGGAAACUGAAAUAGCCUGCUCAUUAGAUGUCCUAAUCGCUCUCCCCCUGGUUGGGGAAGUAGGGUAUCUAGCAACGAAACUAACGACAGCUUUCACUAGAAGCGUCAUCUAUUCUGCAGGAACGACUCUUGGGUCCCUAGGCCUAAGAACGAUCAUGAGGGGAAUUUUGGCGAAACUAGGCAGUGUGGGCCUAACGGAAGCGGAACAUUUCACGGCCCUCCUCAACCAGCAAACAUUCAGAAAUCUAGGUCUGUCCUUCCUUCGCUACGUGGAUCCGGGUUUCGAACUUAUUUACACAAUCGGCAAAGGGGGUCUAAGGGCAAUUAGAAAUCUGAUCACUGGAGUUAGAGCAUAUUCCACUUCCCUCGAGGGCGUAUUAACAGAUUUGGUAGCCAUCGAAUCAAGAAUGGAAAAAUCGCUAAAAAUAGUAGACACCAACUCAAAUCUGAACGUAUUUGUCAAUUCUUUAAGCAACCCUGACGGUGGUUAUGGUUUCAAGUUUAUUCACCUCCCGAAUGAUGGAGUAGCCCAAAUGAGAAAAGUUCAAAACUACGAGGGCGAAUUCCCUGUUCUGUCUGUGAAGGAAGGGGAUGAAAUUACUUACAGACGGAUCGAUCCAAAAACAGGAAGACCGAACAAGAUUGUAGAACUUGAAGACCAGCCUUUGCUCACCGAUACCAGACAUUUAACGUCCGAGUUUUAUAUCCAGAGUUUCCAUGAUACUCGCGAAUGUUCUCGAACUCGAUUCGUGAGAUCUCCACUCGGACCCUUGUGUAUAAGAAACAUUUUACAAAACCAGCGACAAUCGGUGGAGAAAGCAGCUUUGGAAUUCGUCCAAGAACACCAGGAACUAUCAGAAGACGUCGUACGAACCCAAUUGAGAAAAUUCGUCUUCCCCGGCGACGACGGUGAUUUGCAAUUAACCUUUGUCAAGGACUGGCUCGAACGAAUCAAAAACGGACACUCGGAUCUACCCCAGUGGAGCAAAAAGUACGAAAUAUCUAAUUCUGACCUCUACCACCAACUUAGAUACGCCGACUCUAUGGACAAGGAAAGAAUUCCAACUGCCGAAGUGAUUAACCGAUUUCAAGAAUUCUAUUCACCGUAUUAUGACUAUGCGUCUUCGUCCAUGCAAGCUCCUACGAUGCAAUCCUACGAACACUCCAGAGCCUAUGAAUCCGUAACUUUCGAAGAUUUCCUCGCCAUUCGCAGUUACAUGGGCAAUGGUUUUCGAAAAAUCGGUCGAAAUACAAUCGAAGCACGACAAAUGAGGGAAGCACUACUUCGACUCGCAGUCAGGCAAGCCGACGAUCCGCUCAGGGCAUAUGCAACAACUCUAUAUCGUGGUGAAAUUAGGCCAGUGGAAGCAGUCGAGAAACUAUUUUUCAAAGGCGAUGGAACAGUAAGACUAAAUCGUUUUACAUCCACAUCAUUGUGCAAGGAGGUUGCAAUUAGAUUUCAAAUAGGGGCGUCUCAUAAUGUCAAAAUUUUGUAUGAGAUGAAUUUUUCCGAACCCUAUCUAAGGGCAAAUUUACAGAAAAUCGUUGUCAGUAAUUCGGAGAUGGAGACGGUUCUUCUUCCGGGUAGUACAUUUCGAAUUGUAAGUGUUUCACCGGUAAUGAUAUAUGACAGGACUAUUUUAAAGGUUAGAUUGGAGUUUAUUCAUGAAGCACGUACAAAAUCGGAGUGGCUGAAGGACAUUAUGGAUCAUUUGGAGAAUUUGGGGAGAGACGGCGCUACUGAAUACGAGUCUGAUGUAGUUCAGAAUCCCAACGCGGAUUCUGCAGAUUUUUUCCAUAAUCUCCCAGUACCGGAGUAUAAAAAUUAAGUUAACAAACUCAUUUUCCAUUGAAAACUUCUAUCCUCUCUUCUAAUCCAGAGAUACUUUUUUCGAAUAAAAUAAAUAAAAAAAACUUGU